AUCCAGGCCAACCUGGAGGACGCUCUGGUGCAGGAGGCCCUGAAGACGGGUGUGGACCUUCGGCAGUACUCCAAGCAGGUGGAGCUGGAGCUGCAGGAGGUCGAGCGCGCCUCCAUCCGCGACUACAUCAAGGAGAGCGAGAACAUCGCCUCGUUGCACAACCAGAUCACGGCCUGCGACGCCAUCCUGGAGCGCAUGGAGCAGAUGCUGAGCGCCUUCCAGUGUGACCUGAGCAGCAUCAGCUCCGAGAUCCGGACGCUGCAGGAGCAGUCGGUGGCCAUGAACUUGAGGCUGAAGAACCGCCGGGCCGUGCGGCUGCAGCUGGGCCAGCUCCUGGAUGAACUGGUGGUCCCCGCCGCCAUGAUCAGCACCAUCCUGGAGGCGCCGGUGACGGAGCCGGAAUUCCUGGAGCAGCUGCAGGAGCUCAACGGGAAAAUCAACUCGGUGAAGGAGCAGGCCUUCCGGGAGACCGUGGCCUGCGCCGACGUCCAGCACGUCCUGGAGAAGCUCAAGAUUAAGGCCGUCACCAAGAUCCGCGAGUUCGUCCUGCAGAAGAUCUACUCCUUCCGCAAGCCCAUGACCAACUACCAGAUCCCCCAAAACGCCUUGUUGAAGUACAGGUUUUUCUACCAGUUCCUGCUGGGCAACGAGCGGACGGUGGCGCAGGAGCUGCGGGAGCAGUACGUGGACACCAUGAGCAAGAUCUACCUCUCCUACUUCAAAUCCUACACCAGCCGCCUGAUGAAGAUCCAGUACGAGGAGGUGGCGGAGAAGGACGAUCUCAUGGGCGUGGAGGACACGGCCAAGAAAGGUUUCUUCUCCAAGCCCUCGCUGAAGAACCGCAACACCGUCUUCACCCUGGGCAACCGCGGCAGCGUCAUCGGGGCGGCCGAGCUGGAGGGCCCCAUCAUCGUGCCCCACGCCGCGCAGAAGAGCGACGUGAGGUACCCCUUCGAGUCGCUCUUCCGCAGCCAACACUACGCGCUGCUGGACAACAGCUGCCGAGAGUUCCUCUUCCUCUGCGAGUUCUUCAUGGUCACCGGCCCCAGCGCCCAGGACCUCUUCAACGCCGUCAUGGGCAAGACCUUGGCCAUGUUCCUGAAGCACAUGGAAGCCUACGUCUGCGACUGCUACGACAGCAUCGCCAUCUUCCUCUGCAUCCACAUCGUCCUGAGAUUCAAAGCCAUCAUGGCCAAGCGCAACAUCCCCGCCGUCGAUAAGUACUGGGACACGCUUCUGGAAAUCCUGUGGCCCCGCUUCGAGCACAUCCUGGAGCUGAACAUCCAGAGCAUCCAGAGCACCGACCCCCAAAAGUUGGGGUUCCGAGCCAUCGUCAGCAUCAACCAGACCUUCCCUAACGAGAAGACCCACGCGCUGCUGGGGCAGCUCCAGGUGGAGGUGGAGAACUUCGUGCUGCGCGUGGCGGCCGAGUUCUCCUCCCGCAAGGAGCAGCUCAUCUUCCUCAUUAACAACUACGACAUGAUGCUGGGCGUCCUCAUGGAGCGGGCGGUGGAGGAGAGCAAGGAGGUGGAGGGCUUCCAGCAGCUGCUCUCUGCCCGCACGCACCAUAUUUUUGAGGAGUUCAUCGAGGAGAUCCUGUCCCCCCCCUUUGGUGGGAUGAUCGCCUUCGUCAAGGAGGCCGAGGCGCUGCUGGAGAAGGGGCAGCUGGAGCGGCUGCGCGGGGAGGAGGGUAAGGGAGAUGAAUUUUGGGGACCCCCCCACCCCUCCAGCGUGGAGUCGCUGAGCCAGGACGUCAUGCGCUCCUUCAGCAACUUCAAGAACGGCACCGGCAUCAUCCAGGGUGCCCUGACGCAGCUGAUCCAGUAUUACCACCGGUUCCACAAGGUGCUGGCGCAGCCCCCGCUCCGCUCCCUGCCCGCCCGCGCCGAGCUCAUCAACAUCCACCACCUCAUGGUGGAACUCAAGAAGCACAAACCCAACUUUUAG